AUGUCCUUCUCAGAUGUCCUUAUCGUCGGCGGCGGUCCUGCCGGGCUCUCGGCCGCCCUCACACUGGUGCGUCAGCGCCACACCGUCAAGCUGUUCGACAUUGACGACUGUCGCGCGUACCCUUCGGCGCGUCUUCACGGCGUUUCCGGCUCUGACCACAAGGCCCCCGCCGACAACCUGAACCAUUCCCGCGCCGAGCUCAAGCCAUACAACACCUACACCCCCAUUGCCGCCGAGGUCACCAAGCUGGCCCAGGUCGACGGCGGCUUCGAGGCCACCGACUCCACUGGCAAGACUCACCUUGGCAAGAAGGUCAUCCUGGCCAACGGCGUCGAGAGCAAGUUCCCAGACAUCCCCGGCUACGCCGAGGCCUGGGGCAAGGGCAUCUUCCACAACCUCUUCGCCCAGGCGUACCAGGAGGACCCCAGCAAGGUGCACGCGGGCGUGCUGGCGGUCGACUGGAUCGCCAUGCCGCAGUUCACCUUCCACAUGUCGCACAUGACGAGCCAGCUCGCGGGCAGCGUGACCAUCUACACGCACGGCAACGAGGAGCUGGCCAAGCAGAUCGCGCCGACGCUGGAGGGCAAGCCGUGGAAGGCCGACACGCGCAAGAUCGCCCAGAUCUCCCUCAUGUCGCCCGACGGCACCGCCGUCGACAUCACGUUCGAGGACGGCAGCGCGGCGGCCGCCGAGGCGUUCCUGGGCCACGCGCCCAUGACGCAGGUGCGCGGCGCCUUCCAGGAGCAGCUCGGGCUCAGGAUGGGCCAGACGCCCGGCGAGUACGAGACGCACGGCUUCUUCCAGGAGACCAGCGUCAAGGGCGUCUACGCCGCCGGGGACGCCAUGAGCAUGUUCAAGGUCUGGCCUAACGCGAUUGCCAGCGGGGCCCAGGCCGCCGCCGGCGUGGCCGUCAAGCUGCAGGAGGAGAAGUGGAGUCUCCCGCCCAUCUUCCCGUAG